AGGUGUUUCCGAGGUCCGCCGCGCGCGCAACCAGCAAGGCAGCAAACAAAUGCGGGAGCCCGGCCCCGCCGCGUCCCUCCACGAGCACGUUCUCCGCCUCCACCAAUGCGGCGGCAACAGCCUCCUCCUCCGCCGCGCCCACGCCGCCUCCCUUGUCUCCGGCGCCCUCACCGCCUCCCUCCCGCUAGCAGGCGCGCUGCUUCUCUCGUACGCCGCGCUACGCGAUAUCCCGUCGGCGCGCCUCAUCCUCCGCCACCACCCGCUCCGGCUCCGUUCCGCCUUCCUCUGGAACUCGCUCUCCCGCGCGCUCGCCUCUGCCGGCCUCCCCAGCGAGGCCCUGCGGGUGUACAACUGUAUGGUCCGCUCCGGCGUGCGCCCGGACGACCGCACCUUCCCCUUCGCCCUCCACGCCGCCGCUGCCGCCGUCGUUGCCGAGGCGGAGCACCCUGCCAAGGGCGCCGAGCUCCACGCCGCCGCUCUCCGGCGUGGUCUCCUACUCGCGGACGUCUUUGCUGGCAACACGCUCGUCACGUUCUACGCGGCGCGCGGCCGCGCGGCCGAUGCACGCAGGGUGUUCGACGAGAUGCCUGCGCGGGACAUCGUCUCGUGGAACUCACUUGUGUCGGCAUUGCUGACGAAUGGGAUGCUGGAGGAUGCAAAGCGCGCAGUGGUGGGGAUGAUGAGGAGCGGGAUCCCGGUGAAUGUCGCGAGUUUGGUGUCAGUAGUGCCUGCCUGUGGCACGGAGCGUGAUGAGGGGUUUGGGUUGUCUGUCCAUGGUUUGGUGUUGAAAUCUGGACUUGACUCUGUGGUGAACCUCGGUAAUGCACUGGUGGAUAUGUAUGGGAAAUUUGGAGACUUGGAGUCAUCAAUGAGAGUGUUUAAUGGAAUGCAAGAAAAGAAUGAGGUUUCUUGGAAUUCUGCAUUAGGUUGCUUUGCUCAUGCAGGGUUUCAUGAAGAUGUGCUGGAAAUGUUUAGGGUAAUGUCAGAACAUGAAGUCACACCGGGAUCUGUUACCUUAUCAAGUUUGCUGCCUGCUUUGGUUGAUCUUGGUUAUUUUCAUUUGGGGAAGGAGGUGCAUGGGUACAGUAUAAGGAGAGCAAUGGAAUCUGAUAUUUUCAUUGCCAACUCACUUAUGGAUAUGUAUGCUAAGUUUGGUUGUUUGGAGAAAGCAUCUGCUAUCUUCGAGAAUAUUGAGGGACGAAAUGUGGUCUCAUGGAAUGCAAUGAUUGCAAAUCUUGCACAAAAUGGAGCUGAGACCGAAGCUUUCAGCCUUGUCAUCGAGAUGCAGAAGAAUGGGGAAUGCCCAAAUUCAUUCACCCUAGUGAAUCUGCUUCCAGCCUGUUCAAGGGUGGCCUCUGUAAAGAUGGGGAAGCAGAUCCAUGCAUGGUCAAUCCACAGAAGCUUGAUGUCUGAUCUGUUUGUAUCCAAUGCUCUGAUUGAUGUAUAUGCCAAGUGUGGGCAGCUGAGCGUGGCACAAGAUAUCUUUGACAGAUCAGAGAAGGACGAUGUGUCAUACAACACUUUGAUCGUGGGUUACUCACAGAGUCAAUGCUGUUUUGAAUCUCUUCAUCUUUUUCAGCAGAUGAGAUCUGCUGGAAUCGAGUAUGAUGCUGUUUCCUUCAUGGGUUGUCUCUCAGCAUGUGCUAAUCUUUCUGCAUUUAAGCAAGGAAAAGAAAUCCAUGGUGUUUUAGUGAGGAGAUUGUUAAACACUCACCCUUUUCUGGCUAAUUCGUUGCUGGACUUGUACACUAAAGGUGGAAUGCUUGCUACUGCUUCAAAGAUCUUCAAUAGGAUUACACGAAAGGAUGUUGCUUCAUGGAACACUAUGAUCUUGGGAUAUGGGAUGCAUGGUCAAAUUGAUGUUGCAUUCGAAUUGUUUGAUUUAAUGAAGGAUGAUGGCGUCGAUUAUGAUCAUGUAUCUUAUAUUGCAGUAUUGUCAGCAUGUAGCCAUGGUGGGCUUGUAGACAGAGGAAAGAAGUACUUCAGUCAAAUGAUCGCUCAAAAUAUUAAGCCACAGCAAAUGCACUAUGCUUGCAUGGUAGAUCUUCUUGGGCGUGCUGGACAACUGAGUGAAUCUGUUGAAAUAAUCACAAACAUGCCUUUUCCUGCUAAUUCUGAUGUUUGGGGAGCAUUGCUUGGCUCUUGCCGUAUACAUGGAGACAUUGAACUAGCACGACUGGCAGCAGAGCAUUUGUUUGAGUUGAAGCCUGAGCACUCAGGCUACUAUACUCUGCUGAGAAACAUGUAUUCUGAAUCUGGAAUGUGGAAUGAAGCAAAUGAGAUCAAGACAUUAAUGAAAUCAAGGAAGGUGCAGAAAAAUCCAGCCUAUAGCUGGGUGCAGAGUGGAAACAAGCUACAAGCUUUUCUUGUUGGGGAUGGAUAGUGAUUUUUGGAUAAUUUUGCAUUAAAUGACGGUGCCACAGAAUGAAUUAACUGGAUACAGAAAUACCAUGUAUAGCAUAGUAACAUCAUCUAGCAAUAUUGCAGAACAAGGGUUUGCAGUGACCUGCAGAAGACCAUAAUUCACAUAGCUUUCAGUGACCAACUAAAACUGUGAUACUUGACAUGAUAAGAACUACAGUAUAAUACUUGGAUAUUACUGAUGAGCUCUCACCAAGAAACAAAAGGAUGGUAAUUCCUCAAGCCACGGUGUUUGUUGUCUGAAGGCAAUAUAAGCAAGAGGGAGAGCAAUGUUUGCAUUCUAUCAAGGAGAAGAAAUCGCAGGUCUAAGUUCAACUUGAUGUCCAGAAAGGUGAUGCAUCCCUCAUUUUCGGGGUUGAUGUUCAAGAUAAGCUAGUCAUGACACAUUGUCAAAUGUUCAGCAAGCUGGAUGAACUGUUGGUGCAAAGAAAGCAUUCUGGCACCCUGCUCUGGAAAUGUAGGAAAAUCAUAAAUGAAUGCGUGGAGACUCAAGCUGAAGAUCAGGCUGUACAAAGAUAAUGGAGCAGCACACCAUUACAUGAUAAUAUUUUGUUCUGCCCCUUAUGGACGGUCGCAUUGAUGUGAUGAUAGGCAAGUAGGGUGCCAACCCUUGCAGAAUGAUUUACCAUGAAAUCCUAAACAAGGGAUCUGAGGCAGAACUCAGCAUGGGUUGACACUAUUCUCUUUUCAAGGGAAAUGGUAAGGAGAAUGAGCCAUUUGAUUCUCGUUUGUCUGUUUCAAAUGCAUGGCAGGAACAUAUGGCCUGUGUGCCUACCAAUUUUACAUUGUCGACGAGCCUUGCGAAAGACCAACCAGAGGUGGCGAAGGCCCUUAAGAUGAUCCAGCAAUGGAAAGGUGACCCAGACAAUGCAUGUAAUGCUAGUGGCAUCAUCUUGGUGUGCGAAUGCAACUUUAAAGAUCACCGAUGCAUAUGAUGUAGGCUACUUUUAGCUAUAGAGUUAGCUAUUUGGCAUUUUAAUAGGAGAGACUAAUGUUCACUUAUUCAGGCUGUAGUUAGUGAUGUAAUGUAACUGGUACCACUGAUUCUACCAUUCUCAACAUGCACCAAAUACAGGUACAGAACCUGCAGUGAUCUUUA